CAGCCGAAACGUCGCAUGACAACCAGAUGACGUCAAAAUAGGAUCAACUAAGAAUGUCGGCAAGACAUGGUGCUGCGACGAUUGCCUGACGGGUGACCUUACAUCCAUCUCUAAUCUUCAACCUCCUGCAGUAGUAAACCUUUCAGCUCUGUUGCCGUGCCCUCCAUCCGACACAAUUCUCUCUUCUCUCAUUUUUUUCAGCGUCUGCCUCUUCGAAAUGGCUUUGAUUAUCAUCGGACUGGAGAUUUUACCGGAAUCGGAUUGGGAUGACCUCAGAGAAAGCCGUCAGUUUACCCUGUUAACCCGAACCAACGUCUAACACAUUCUGUACUCAAGCCCCCGUUGACAACCAGUCAAGAACCAAGUUGUUUUUUUUAUAGUGCCACGUGAAUCGCUGAACUCCGAGUCAAGGUCGCCUUGCUUGAUUGACCCCGACCAAGAUGUCUCUUCCGCCUCCACCACCAACGCAACUCGCCGACACGGACGAGAGCAAGAAAGACACCGCUAUUCGGCCUCAGAUCGGCGUCCUGAACCGGAUGAACCUGGCUGAAAAACCCAUCCCCACCGUGCUCCCUGUCAAGCGUGCGGUCCCCACGCCAGACUAUGUUCCUACUGAAAGGACCUCGUCCAUAUCUUUCAAGCCGCCGUCCCUGAAGAAACCCAAGCCUAAAACUCCCCCGCCCGAGCCCCCAGCCGGCACCCUGUCCUCCGCCUUGGGGUACAUUAGCUCGUUCUUCGCCGCCAAGGAAACAAGCACCACGGGACCCGCCCAGCGGGAACCUGUCAAGAAGGUCUCAGCAACCCCUCAACAAAUCGACGCCGCUAUAGAGAACAUACUCAGCCAAAUGACAAAAAACCCGGAGAAGAAAGAAACACCACCGGUGAAGCCUGAGCAGCACAAGAGGGAGGCUAGAAAAGCAUCCACUUCACCGCAACACGCCAAACGAUCCAGGUCCCAGGUAACGAAGAAUGCCAAAACAAGUGCGACCCGCAGUCCGUCACCGAAUCUAUUCAAAGAUAAAAAGGUAGCGUCGCCUUUGGCAGUAGUAAAAGACUUCAAAGUAGUCGACUCUAGUAGUGUUAAAAUUGCUGAGUCCAACAAAAUGUCCUAUCGCGUGACUUCAAAACCUCGAGAAGAUUCAAAUCUCAAAAAGAAAGAGCUGCGUAAGACAGCGAACUACAAGCUAACAAGAAGUGUUUCCGGUUCAACUAUUUCCACAUGUUCGCAGAAAAUAGGACAGACACAUCCCCCCAUACCCCCUUCUAUAUUGCCACCGGUAAUUCCCAUCCCCCCUUCUCUUUGCGCGCCUGUUUCACACAAGAUAACCAGCGAUCCUGAGAAGCUGGAGGCAUAUCAAGUCUCACAGUUAGUACCUACAGUACUUACCCCAACUAUCUUAACUGAAAAUGAGCCAGUUAAAGAAGAACCGGUAUCAUUCGCAUCUCGUCAGCCUAGAAUCGUCUUAAGAUCUGAACCUGUUGUGGUGCCAGCCGAUAAGUCCAACACUGUGACUUUCGAAAACAAAUACCCACCCACACUUCACGUCAUGGUCAAUGAUCAAACCAAAGUCAACACGUACCUAAAACCUGAGUCCCCAAAAGUUGUAAAGCCGACAUCGCACGCCGUGACGUCAGAAAACUUCGUCGAGACUCUCCUACCACCUGAAGAAACGCCCACUUUUCUUGGCCCUACAGAGUUGGACGAAAUAGAGGGCUAUUUCAAAGAUUCCCCACUAAUAAAGCCGUCACAAAAAAAAUCUUCAACGAAAAUUCCGUCACCGAAAUCAAAAGAAACCAGAAGACCUACUACAAACUCCCCACCGAAAACGACAUCUCAAACUAUGAAACCAAUAAAAGAGUCAAACCUAAAUGAUGAACCACCGCCAAUAAACCCCUCACCAACAGAAACCGGAAGAGGGAAUAAAAACUUUCCACCGAAAACAUCUCAAACUAUGAAACCAAUAAAAGAGUCAAACCUAAAUGAUGAACCACCGCCAAUAUACCCCUCACCAACAGAAACCGGAAGAUGGAAUAAAAACUUUCCAUCGAAAACGACAUCUCAAACUAUGAAACCAAUAAAAGAGUCAAACCUAAAUGAUGAACCACCGCCAAUAAACCCCUCACCAACAGAAACCGGAAGGCCGAAUACAAACUCCCCACCGAAAACGACAUCUCAAACUAUGAAACCAAUAAAAGAGUCAAACCUAAAUGAUGAAAUACCGCCAAAAAACCCCUCACCAAAAGAAACUGGAAGAUGGAAUAAAAACUUUCCACCGAAAACGACAUCUCAAACUAUAAAACCAAAAAAAGAGUCAAACCUACCCGAUGAACCACCGCCAAAAAUGCCCCCAGCAAAAGAUAAUCCAGCAAAAGAUAAUCCAGUAAAAGAACCCUCACCAAAAGAACAAACUCAAAAAGAACUGUCACCAAAAGAUCAGUUACCUAAAAUGCCAACACCCAAAGACAAAUCGAAUCCCGAAACAGCUGCACAAAAAGUUUCUUCAACUGCCAUACCCAAAGAAACGUUAUGGGAAUAUUUUAAACCGAAAGUCCCAACAGUCAAACCCCGGUCGAUGUCUAGCCACGCCACCACCGGCGCUUCAGAUAGAACACCUUCCAUCACCAGGAGCCACGCCACCACCGGCGCUAAAGACAGAACACCUUCCAUCACCAGGAGCCACGCCACCACCGGCGCUAAAGACAGAACACCUUCCAUCACCAGGAGCCACGCCACCACCGGCGCUAAAGACAGAACACCUUCCAUCACCAGGAGCCACGCCACCACCGGCGCUACAGACAGAACACCUUCCAUCACCAGGAGAAUCGAGACCAAACCUGUCAAGCUCAGUACGAAACCAGCACACAAACAAACAGUUGAAAUGCCAGGCCGCUCCCCAUCCUGGAAAAUUGAUGAUAGACCACAUCCAAACACAGCGCGAGGUCCUUUCGAAAGAACGUCAUUCAUAAACAAACCUGAAGAAAAAAGUGACAAUACUUUUAAGAAACCUAUAUAUAAACCCCCACCAGCUGACAUCUUAAGUCGUUCCCCAACUUGGAAAACGGAAGUAAAACCACAACCAAGACCGAAUAUUGCCGAAAAUUUAAUGACUUAUCCACCUUCGUGCCUAUCGCCAACCAUCAUUUACCAUGGUACUUCCCCGUCUCGAAAACCCGAGCCGUUCACAUUUAGCUUCGAAGCCAAGCCCCCCAUCCCCUUGUCCAACACAAAACCCAACCAACCCCAGCGCGUCGCCAGUCCCCCGAAAGGCUACACUAUCAAAAGUCCUAAGCCCGCAGAAGUCAACGAUAAGAAGCAGCGCUCUUCCCCCCAUGCAAGCGCUUCACCAAGUAACAGACAAAUAAAACCCGCCCCACAAAAAACAUCAUCGAUUCAAAGGAGAGCUUCACCAAACCUAUCUUCUGCUCAGAAAAAAAACUCACCUCGAGCUACGCCUGCUAAAAAUAAAUCCUCUCCCCAGGCUAAAUCGAAGCCUAAAAUACCACCCCCCAGCUAUGCUCGGCCAAGAUCUGUACCUUCAACGACGUAUCAAUCAACGUCUAAAACUGCGGAAAUGGAUAAAGGGCGCAAUGAUAAAACAAAACCUCAAGCUCCAACCACUCCAGAGAAAGACAAAGCAACGCUACCCGUAGCGGCCAUAAUAGCAGCAACAGCAGCCGCCGCUGGCGCACAGGUAACGGAAGAUUCAAGCAAAACUCAAGCAGACGACAGCGAUGCCAAGCUGGAGAAAGUCAUCCAAACACAAGAAAGCAAUAUAGAAGCACUCGCAAAAGACAACACUCAAACAAUGCAGGCUCCUAACCCACAAGAAACAGGGCAACAGACCCCUGUGUAUCAACCCCCUCCUAAACAAGCUCUUGUAUACCCAGUUCCUAAACCAUGCAAAAAAAGAGAAAAAACCGACACAGACAACGUUACGAAUGAAGACGGUAAAGCUAUACCCGCGGCAACUUCAGCCCGCGGUGAAAAUAAAGCUGCUGUCAAUGAAGGAGUCACCCUCCCAAACAUUCCCGCCAAGAACAAAGAAGAGGACGAAGGAUUUGUUCACUACAGCAGUAACCCUCACAGCCAAGCCUCGGCGGCCACUAUGUUUGGAGAGUUUCCCUAAAGUAGUGUAUUGCUGACCACACAUCUGAUCACAUGACGUCAAUUCUUCAGCAUGAACUGUCAACUUUAUACAUCAUACUUACUUCAACUGUUAACUUUAUACAUCAUACUUACUUAAACUGUUAACUUUAUACAUCAUACUUGCUUCAAAUGAAAACUCGCGAUAAUUAAAGCUAAUACACGCGUUGAAUCCUGCCUCGGCUAAAAGAUCAGCCCCAUGUAAAUCACGUGCAAAUCUGAUUCAAUCCCGCCUCGUCUAACAGGUUACCUCCAUGUAAAUCUGAUAAAAUCCUGUUUUGUUUACAAGGUCAGCCCCUUGUACAUCACGUGCAAAUCUGAUUGAAUUCCGCCUCGUCUACCAGGUCAGCCCCUAGUAGAUCACGUGACAAUCUGAUAAAAUCCUGUUUUGUUUACAAGGUCAGCCCCUUGUACAUCACGUGCAAAUCUGAUUGAAUUCCGCCUCGUCUACCAGGUCAGCCCCUAGUAGAUCACGUGACAAUCUGAUAAAAUCCUGUUUUGUCUACAAGGUCAGCCCCUUGUACAUCACGUGCAAAUCUGAUUGAAUUCUGCCUCGUCUACAAGGUCAGCCCCUAGUAGAUCACGUGACAAUCUGAUUAAAAUCCUGUUUUGUCUACAAGGUCAGCCCCUUGUACAUCACGUGCAAAUCUGAUUGAAUUCCGGCUCGUCUACCAGGUCAGGCCCUAGUAGAUCACGUGACAAUCUGAUUAAAAUCCUGUUUUGUCUACAAGGUCAGCCCCUUGUACAUCACGUGCAAAUCUGAUUCAAUCCAGCCUUGUCUAACAGGUCAGCCCCUAGUAGAUCACGUGACAAUCUGAUUAAAAUCCUGUUUUGUCUACAAGGUCAGCCCCUUGUACAUCACGUGCAAAUCUGAUUGAAUUCUGCCUCGUCUACCAGGUCAGCCCCUAGUAGAUCACGUGACAAUCUGAUAAAAUCCUGUUUUGUCUACAAGGUCAGCCCCUUGUACAUCACGUGCAAAUCUGAUUGAAUUCUGCCUCGUCUACCAGGUCAGGCCCUAGUAGAUCACGUGACAAUCUGAUUAAAAUCCUGUUUUGUCUACAAGGUCAGCCCCUUGUACAUCACGUGCAAAUCUGAUUGAAUUCCGGCUCGUCUACAAGGUCAGCCCCUAGUAGAUCACGUGACAAUCAUCUCAUCCAAGGUUCCAGCCAACCCAGCUUUUCGCUCAGCUCCGGAUAAGACCAGCAUCAGUUGGCACCAGAGGGACAAAAGUAUGGACUGCUGACUCACGUCACUCAUCAACUCAACAUCUAUCAAUCGCCAGUCACAAUAAAAAAGAUUUUAAAAUACCAGAA